UAUUGGUGAAUAUCGUUAUAUAAUAUGAGACAUAAGUGCAGAAAGCAAUGUUCCCAUCGAACAUUACUUUGUGACCUUCCUAGGAAUGUAUUAGAUGAAAUCCUUAUGUGUUUGCCUUUUCGAGAUGUUGUGAGGACAAGUAUCUUAUCGAAAAAAUGGAGAAAUCUAUGGCAUGGACUUCCUGUGUUGACGCUUUCUCACACACUUUGGAAACCUGAGGAGGAUUUAGCUGAUCUUACAAGUAACCUUGUAAAGAUCAUCAACCACAUUUUGAUCUUUCAUACAGGACCAGUUACAAAGUUUACCCUCUGCGUUCCUUAUUUGGAUACGUGUCCUAAUAUUGACAACUUGAUACGUUUCCUCUCUAGAAACGACAUUCAACACCUUGUUCUUAGACUUCCAAUCAGGGGUAGCCUAUACAAAAUGCCUCUUUCAUUCUUCACAUGUUUCGAGUUAAGGCAUUUGACUCUCCAGAAUUGUUCGAUACUUGCUGAACCAUCCUUCAAAGGAUUUGAUAGGUUGAUUAGCCUAGAACUAUGUGAUGUUGCAAUUUCUUCCAAGUUGCUUGAACGUUUAAUCUCUCGUUCCUUGUUGCUCGAGCAGUUGGUGCUGCAGAUCUCAGGUGUUUCAAGCAAUGUCAUUGAAAUUAGUGCUCCAAAUCUGAGAUCCUUUGACUACACAGGCAAUAUAAGAUCUCUCUGUUUAAAAAAUAUCCCUCGUCUGGCAAAGCUUUCACUUUCGCAUAGGGAAUAUUACGUGGGAGCAGGAAAGUGUAAUAUCGCCAAGUUUUUUGAGUUUUUCUCUGCUCUCAAGCACCUCCACUUGAAUGACAUGUUCUUUGUUGCAGGAGCAGGUGAAGUACCAACGAGGCUUUCCUACGAUCUUUAUUGUGUCAAACAUCUCUGCAUAUCUAGCAUCUAUCUGUCUGACCCGAACGAGGUUUCAUGUGCUCUUUGCUUGAUAAGAAGCUUCCCGAAUUUACAAUCUAUGGAAAUUAAGGUGGAGUGCGAUGACAAUGAUAUACCAGCUCUAGAAUCUCUUGAAGUGGAACGCUUCUCAGAUGUGACGUUUAAUCACCUCAGGGAAGUUAAGCUAAUGCAGACUAAUGGCACAAUCCCUGAGAUACAACUGAUGAAGCUUCUGUUGGCUAAGUCUCCCGAGCUGAUGAAAAUCAUAAUCGAGCCAUGUGUAAUUGAAGAAUCCGCAACUGUCAAAAUACUCACUGGGCUAAUACAGUUUCAGCGGGCAUCAACCAAGGCAUAAGUUGUUUAUAAGUUGGAUAAGCAUCCAAAUCCCGGUCCUGUUUGAUUUUCACACAGAGUUGAUGCAGUAGUAUAACGCUGAGUUUUUGGGGAUAUAAACUACUGUGGAUGGAUAUAUUGUUUCUUCAACUUUGUUACUAUA